CUAAUGAAUAUUGGACCUUAAGGGCGACCAAGGCUACGAGUGAUAGUUACGAGAAAGGGUUCUAGGAUGAUCGUAAAGCCCGUAACGUUAGCGUCAGUCUGAGGCGCGUACAUCUUCCUGUCGAAUCGUCACUCAUUCCGUUAGAUUCAGCUGGAAAAGCGGCCUCACCGGUUGGCAUUCGCUCGCUUCGUCAAAUAUAGUAACGUCCCAACAUUGUUAGGAUUUUCGCCGCCGAUUGCUCCGGCCUUCCCGUCGAAUUGACGGCCUGAUACUUUUAUACCUCCUGAUAGAGACCGCUUUAUGGCUUUGGAUAACGGGCCUGCUUCUAGCGGGGAUGCGCGGGAAGUCGUGGCGGAGCUCCGCCAACGGCUGCUAGACCGCGCGCUGCCCAUCGAGCAGCGCAUCCGCGCGCUAUUCUCUUUGCGCAACCUUAAAGGGGAUACACCGCAACAGGCUCUUAUAGAAGCCAUGGAGGACAAGUCGGUGCUAUUGGCCCAUGAGGCAGCAUUCGCUCUCGGGCAGAUGGGAGAUGUUUUCUCGGUGCCCGCACUCACAAGAGUGCUUGAGGACCCCUCGUACCACCCCAUCGUUCGACACGAGGCAGCAGAGGCUCUAGGCGCCAUAGGAGAGGCCUCCUCCCUCCCUCUGCUCCAAACAUAUCUUGCCGACCCUGCACCCGAGGUUCGGGAGACGUGCGAGCUGGCAGUUCGGCGGCUACAGGACACCCUAGCUGCGGCAGAGGAAGGGAGAGAGGGGGAGCGGAAGGGGGAGGGGGAAACCGAAGGGGCAAAGGGGGAGGGGGGGGGAGAGGGGGAGGGGAAACGGUUCAUGUCAGUUGACCCUGCGGGGAGUGCACCUAAGAAUGCGAGCACAGAAGAACUCAGGAAGCUGCUUCUCCAGGAAGAUGCCAACAUGUACGAUCGCUAUGGCGCUCUCUUCGCUCUGCGGGACAAAGCAGCUGCGACUAGCAAUGCUGGUGAUGCUGCGGCUGGUGCUGGUGGUGGUGGUGAUUCUGGUGGUGCUGGUGCUGCUGGUGCUGGUGGUGGUGGCGAUUCUGGUGGUGCUGGUGCUGCUGGUGCUGGUGGUGGUGGCGAUUCUGGUGGUGCUGGUGGGAGCAGCGGUGCUUCAUUUGCAAGUGAAGCAGUAACUGCAAUUGUUGAGGCGCUUGAGACCUGCACCAGUGCUCUGCUGCGCCAUGAGAUAGCCUAUGUCUUGGGCCAGCUACAGAACAAAACUGCCGCCCAGGCGCUUGUUAGGGCGCUACAAGACACCUCAUGCCACGCCAUGGUUCGGCACGAAGCUGCUGUGGCGCUAGGCUCUGUAGCAGAUCCAUUGACACUGCAGCUUCUAAGAGAGUUCCAGAAGGAUCCCGACCCGAUUGUAGCAGAGAGCUGCGACGUGGCACUUGACCUGAUGCGGUUUGAACUACAACCAGAUGCUUUUCAGUAUGCAGACCUUUUGGAGUAGGCAACUUACUACUUUAAUUAUAACGACAUUGUAAGGUUACCCGACCUACAACACAGACUACCUAGACCUAUUCUUAUAACUUCCACCACGUUUGCGCCCAUGCUGUUGCCGUGCUCAUUGCUAUGAUCGUGUUGUGUGGAGGUCUGCUACAAAGUGUGCAUAGUAAGCAUGUGAGUGAAACGUGGUAUCAUC